AUGUCGGUGCAAAUAUUUAAUGAUCAAGCUACUGAAGAAAGAGCAGAAAAUGCUCGUUUGUCAGCUUUUGUCGGUGCCAUUGCCGUUGGAGAUAUAGUUAAAUCAACAUUAGGUCCAAAAGGUAUGGAUAAAUUAUUACAAAGUGCAAGUAAUCCAGAUAAUUCUUUGGUUACAAAUGAUGGGGCAACUAUAUUAAAAUCAAUUCCCUUCGAUAAUCCAGCAGCAAAAGUCUUGGUUAAUUUAUCAAAAGUUCAAGAUGAUGAAGUUGGUGAUGGUACAACAUCAGUAACUGUUUUAAGUGCCGAAUUAUUAAGAGAAGCUGAAAAAUUAAUUGAUCAAAAAAUUCAUCCUCAAACAAUCAUAGAGGGUUAUAGAAUUGCUUGUAAAAAAGCUAUUGAAGCAUUAGAUAAAAAUGCUGUUAAUAAUGGUUCAAAUCCCGAAUUAUUUAAAAAAGAUUUAUUAAAUAUUUCAAGAACAACAUUAUCAUCAAAGAUUUUAUCACAAGAUAAAGAAUUGUUUUCAAAUUUAGCUGUCGAUGCUAUAUUAAGAUUGAAAGGGUCAACAAAUCUAAAUAAUAUUCAAAUUAUUAAAAAAGUAGGUGGUAAAUUAUCUGAUUCGUAUUUAGAUGAAGGUUUUAUAUUAGAUAAGAAAUUUGGUAUUGGUCAACCAAAAAAGAUUGAAAAUGCUAAAAUAUUGAUUGCAAACACUUCAAUGGAUACCGAUAAAGUUAAAAUUUUUGGUGCUAAAUUCAAAGUUGAUUCCACAUCAAAAUUAGCAGAAUUUGAAAAAGCUGAAAAGAUAAAAAUGAAGAACAAAGUUGACAAGAUAAAAAAAUUUAAUUGUAAUGUAUUUAUAAAUAGACAAUUAAUUUAUGAUUAUCCAGAGCAAUUGUUUUCAGAUGGUAAAAUUAAUUCAAUUGAACAUGCAGAUUUUGAUGGUAUUGAAAGAUUAGCAUUAGUUACUGGUGGUGAAGUUGUAAGUACAUUCGAUAAUCCAGAAAACGUAAAAUUGGGUCAUUGUAAAUCUAUUGAAGAAAUUUUAAUUGGUGAAGAUACUUUUUUGAAAUUUUCAGGUGUGGAAGCUGGUGAAGCAUGUACCAUAGUUUUAAGAGGUGCUACUGAACAAGUAUUGGAUGAAGCUGAAAGAUCAUUACAUGAUGCAUUAUCAGUAUUAUCUCAAACUACCAAAGAAACUAAAACUGUGUUAGGUGGAGGUUGUGCAGAAAUGUUAAUGGCAAAAUCAGUUGAUCAAGCUGCUGCAAAUGAAACUGGUAAAAAAGCAUUAGCAAUUGAAUGUUUCAGUAAAGCUUUGAGGCAAUUACCUACAAUUUUGGCUGAUAACGCAGGUUAUGAUUCAUCAGAAUUGGUAACAAAAUUAAGAUCAGCAAUUUAUAAUGGAAUGUCAACAUCUGGUUUAGAUUUAAAUAAAGGAGCAAUUGCUGAUAUGAGAGAUUUAGGAAUUGUAGAAUCUUAUAAAUUGAAAGCAGCUGUUGUUUCAUCAGCAGCUGAAGCGGCUGAAGUUUUAUUAAGAGUUGAUAAUAUUAUUAGAGCAAAACCAAGAACAGCUGAUAGAAAUCAUUAA